AUGCUCAAUAACAGUUUAGGUAAAUAAGAAACAUUUAAGGAAAUGAAUUUAAUUUUUUUGUUUAAAUAAAUUCUUUGCUCUCAAAUUUCUGAAAAUGAAAAUUCAGUUAUUUCGAGAACCAAUUAAGGAGAUUUAUUUCUAAUUAAUUUAAAGUUACUGAAAUUUCUCAUUAUUGAGUAUUUUAAAUUAUUGAAUUUUUUAUAAAUGCUCAUUUUGAUUAUAUUUUGCCUAUUGGAUGCAUGUUUAAGUUAAAAAAGAGAUUAAAAAUACUUUGAAGUGAUGGGAUUACAAAAUUUUGACUUUAAAGACAUUAUCCCUCAGAAUCUUUCUGAUAAAUAAAAACUUACGCUUUCCCUUACUUAUAAAGAUGGAGAAGUUCCAAUUUUAAUUAUUUGUGAGGAUUAGCCACAAAAUAAUACAUUGACUAAUUACGAGACCAUUUAAGAGUAUUGUUAUUACUAUUUUAGUUAUAAUUGUAUAAGUGAUACAAAUGCUUAUGAAUAAAAGUCUGAAAUAUAAUCAAUUUCUUUAACAAAGAAUGUAAAAUCCUUAGCAUUUUAAAAACAUUUUAAUAUUUAUUAAAUUGAAAAUUAGAACAUGUUUGUCGGAGCAUACUCAAAAUCCUAAUCAACGUAUUUAAUGUCUGCUAUAAUAUAAUAAUUAUAUAAUUGUGGAAAGUAUUUAUAAUAAUUAAAUUAGAGAUUGUAAAAAUGGAGGAAGUUGUUUUUAUGGAAUAUGUGAAUGCGUAGAAGGAACCUUUGGCGAUGAUUGUAGUAUAACAGCUAUAGACAUUAAUGAUUAAGUGAAAUUGUCACCAGAUAAAUUAUAUUAUUUAAGCUUGUCAUCAAUAGGAACAACAUUCUAAAGAAUUUUAUCAAAUCAGAUACCUUUAAAACAAAAAUGUUAUGCAGAAAAGCCUUUUAUAGAAGAAGGCUCCCUAUUGAUAACUAAUCUACUUUAAUUAAACUAUGAUUAAAUUUAUAAUUGUCGAAAUCUAACUAAAGCCUUAUAAAAUGAAGUUAAAAUCAAAUAAGAUGCUUACUUCACUUUUAAAAUCUAUAGCCAAUAUGAUGUGAACAUACUUAUAAACAAUAACUAGGAUGAUGGAUUAUAAAAUAUAAUGAUGAUGAUAUUUAUUCCACUUAGCGUGAUAUUCUUUCUGCUCUUUGUUUGUUGUUGUGUGAAAAUUUACAGAAAAAAACUAGAAUUGCAUUAAAUUAAUAAAAAGAUAGACAAAGAUGCUGAAACCAGCUUUUUAAAUAUAUAUCUUCCAACUCUUAAAUACUCUUAAGCUAAGGAUAUAUUGUAAGAGGAUAUUAAUGAAUAAGAGUCAUACUGUUCAAUAUGUUUAGAAAUAUUCACUUUAGAGAAUGAUGUUAAGAUGGCUUAUUGCAAACAUAUAUAUCAUUCUCAAUGUUUGUAAUUGUGGAUGAAGAAAAUCAAAGUAUCAUUUGAUCAAUAUUUAGAUAUGUCCAUUGUGUAGAGCACCUUUAGAUGAGAAAACUCUGGCUUCAAUGAUUCCUCUUAAAUCUUAAACAUUAAUAGAUUAAAUCUCUAGUAAAUCAUAAUUAGGUAACAAUAAAUAGAAUAUAAUAUCUUUAAAUUCAUUAUCUCGUCUAAAUGGACCCAAUACUUAAAAUGCAUUUUAACAUUUAAAUUAUCAAAGAAGUUUGGUGUUGGUAGAAUGA